AUGGAGCGGGCGGCGGGCGAGGGCCGGCCCCUGCUGCCGGCGGCGGGGCGCUCCGCCGGGCUCUCCUCGCCCGGGCUCUCCUCCGCCGGCGCCGUCUUCAUCCUGCUCAAGUCUGCGCUGGGCGCGGGGCUGCUGAGCUUCCCCUGGGCCUUCGGCAGGGCCGGCGGGGCCGUUCCCGCCCUCCUGGUGGAGCUGGGCUCGCUGGUGUUCCUGGUGAGCGGGCUGGCCGUGCUGGGCUAUGCCGCGGCCCUCAGCGCCCAGCCCACCUACCAGGGCGUGGUGCGGGCCGUGUGCGGGGCGGCCGUGGGGAAGCUCUGCGAGGUCUGCUUCCUCCUCAACCUCUUCAUGAUCUCCGUGGCACUCCUCAGGGUGGUGGGUGACCAGCUGGAGAAACUGUGUGACUCCCUGUACCCCAACGGGACACUGAGCGGGGCCCCUCAGCUGCCCCCCUGGUACGUGGACCAGCGCUUCACCCUCUCAGCUCUCUGUGUCCUCGUCAUCUUCCCACUCUCUGUCCCCAGGGAGAUCGGCUUCCAGAAGUACUCCAGCAUCCUGGGCACGCUGGCUGCCUGCUACCUCACUCUGGUCGUCAUCCUGAAAUACUACCUGCAGGCAGAGAGCCUGCGUUUGACUGAGCCACCCCAGCCCUCCAGGUCCUCGUCCUGGACGUCCAUCUUCAGCGUCAUUCCCACCAUCUGCUUUGGCUUCCAGUGCCACGAGGCAUGUGUGGCCAUCUACAGCGGCAUGCGCAACCAGAGCUUCUCCCACUGGGUCACCGUCUCUGUGCUCUCCAUGCUCAUUUGCCUGCUCAUCUACUCCCUCACUGGGCUCUAUGGCUACCUGACCUUCGGCGAGGCCGUGGCGUCCGACGUCCUGAUGUCCUACCCAGGGAAUGACCCGCUCGUCAUCGUCGCCCGCCUGCUCUUUGGUGUCUCCAUCGUCACCAUUUACCCCAUUGUGGUGCUGCUGGGCAGGUCCGUGGUGAAGGACCUGUGGGCAGCCUCGAAGCGCGGGGCCGUGGCGGCGCCUGAGGCACACGAGCGGCGGGGCCGGGUGGCACUGACGGUCACCUGGAUGGCUGCCACGCUGGGCAUCGCCCUCUUUGUCCCCGACAUCGGCAAAGUCAUCGAGCUCAUCGGGGGCAUCAGCGCCUUCUUCAUCUUCAUCUUCCCAGGGCUGUGCCUCGUGUGCCUGACUGGGACCCGCAGCCUCGGGCCACGCAAAAAGGCUGCUCUCAUCGCCUGGGGCGUUCUCUCCGUGCUCGGCGGUGCCUUUGUCUGCGGGCAGAGCGCUGCCCUGGCCGUGCUGGGGCUGCUGCGCUGA